AAAAACACGACAUCAUUCCACGCAUGUUCGAAUGCUAGUUCUCCAGGUGACCGCAACAACUGAUAAACCGGGUGAUUAUGGUUAUGUUUUCAGAUAGGUGGCUUAGAAUUAUUUUUAUACGGAAAAUCGUGGAUCUUACUUCGCUGUUGUAGGAUCUCAAAUGUGUCUACAGUAACUUAGCAACGUUAGCGAGAGGGGUAUCGUUUCAGAAUCCACCGGGUUAAGCGCUUUCAUACGGCUAUUCUAUCCCAUUUACGAGCCUGUUCUAGUAAUAGCGAUAGCAAGAAUAAGCUACUGUAUAGCUACACGUAUUGAUAUUUUUAUAUUACCGUAGUAGUGUUGGAUUUAAAAUAUAUAAACAUAUAUUCAACUGAUCCCGCUUGGUCCUGUUUUGGAAGUUGGUCUUCUUUUUGUAAAUGUUAUACGGCGACUCAACACCGUUGAAUCUCACUACUGGCACCAACCGGAGGAAAAUGUAACUGCAUAAAUCAAAACGCUUCACUCUCGCUGUAAUAAGAGCAGACGCAGCAGAGCUAUCAAUUAACACUUGCACAAAUACAUUACAGACGUGGGUGUCGGCUGCUUUUAGGCCAUCAAAACAAUGUGUUCCCAUAGCUCUGCUAAUUAAGUGAGCUAAAAAGGAAAAAAAAGUUAAAUCCGAACCAUAAGAUGACAACCACUACCACUCAUCGUUGCUAAUGGUCUACUCAAACUAACCACAGAUACCUAAAACAAAUAAAUAAUUAGUUUCAUCCCACAACUGCCAGUUAUAUACUACAAUAGUGACUAAUAUCUUGGAGCAAAAAAUUAUGCAUGCAUUUCGGAGGCUUUAUGUAGCCACACAGGGGAAAGUCUUCAGCAGGAUGUCUACAAGUUGGAAGAGUACCGAGAGUAGACCCACAACUCCAUUGGGUGCAAGAAUUCUGACCAAUCCUGAUGACAUCUAUAAACAUAAUAUGUGGGAUCAUGUGCAGUGGACAGAGGAGGAUAAAGAAAAUGCACAUCUGAAAGCUCUCGAAAACUCUGAAGAGCAAAUUCCAUUAAUAGAACAAGGUAAAUUUGAUACUGAAGCUUGCCAGUACUGGGAUAAGUUUUAUGAGCUACACAAGGAUAAAUUUUUCAAAGAUCGCAAGUGGCUGCUUUCGGAAUUCCCAGAACUACUUCCGUCCAAUUCAAAAAGCCGAGCCGGAAAAAAUGAGAGCGUCUUCGGCGUGGAGAUGGAUACCAGACAUCGGCAACAGAGCAGCAAAACACACUUUGACUGUCACACAAACCAUCAGCAUGUGUGUCAAGAUGCAGUACUGGAAACAAACAAAGCUUUGCCAGUUUCUUACCUUGGACAACGUGCCUCUUUCAGAAUAUUUGAGAUUGGAUGUGGAGUUGGCAACAGUGUAUUCCCCAUUAUUAGUGAUGUCAAGGAAAACGGUGCAUUUUUAUACUGUUGUGACUUCUCACCUUCUGCUAUCAGACUGUUGAAGAGUCAUCCCGACUAUGACAUUUCUGUCUGCCACGCGUUCGUGCAUGACAUUUGUGAAGAAGAUGGCACUCUUCCUUUCCCUCUACAAAGUCUGGAUGUUAUUCUCGCAGUUUUUGUGCUCUCCUCCAUUCAUCCAGACAGGGUGCAAAGUGUUGUUAAAAGACUUUCGUCCUAUCUUAAAUUUGGAGGGAUUUUCCUCUUUCGGGAUUAUGGCAGAUAUGAUUUAUCACAACUAAGGUUUAAGAAAGGUCAGUGUUUGUCAAACAAUUUCUACGCACGAAGGGAUGGAACCUGUGUUUAUUUUUUCACAAAAGAAGAAGUUCAUAAUAUAUUUUCCAAUGCUGGAUUGGAGAAGGUUCAGAAUCUGGAGGAUCGAAGACUUCAAGUUAAUAGAAGAAAGAAAGUGGCAAUGCACCGUGUGUGGAUGCAGAGCGCCAUGGAGGAGCUGCACAGCCUGGAUCCCCGCAGACAGGAGCUGCUGGAGGCUCGUUUCAUGGGCGGGGUCAGCGGCAGCACUGGUGGCAGCACUGGUAGCACAAGCGGAGGAACCAAAGGUUUGACCAAUAACGAAUGUUCAAACCACAGUUUUGGAAGCAUGGGAUCUUCAAGCGACAAGGAAUCUGAGGGUUCAGAUGUGAAAAGAGGCGGUUCGCCAGCUUACUCGACUCCAGAGAAGAAACAGUCCGAAACACCUAGAGGAAGAAAAAGAAAACCUGACAUUCAGUCAGAGAGUAGCCAAGGGAAAACAACUGUGCGAGGCCCUAAAAUAAGUGAUUAUUUUGACUUCCAGGGAGGGAAUGGGUCCAGUCCAGUGAGAGGCCUCCCUCCAGUGAUUCGUUCCCCUCAGAAUUCUCACUCUCACUCCGCUCAGGGCACUGCUUUGCAGGGUAGACAAAAUAGCUCAUCUCCCACCAGUCUGUCCUUUGGUGACCACAUGGUACAUCCAAAACAACUGGUGGCUAAAUUUGUCCAGACUGACCUCACAGUGUUGAAGCUGGCUGCCCUUGAAAGCACUAAGAAUCUAGACCUUGAGAAGAAGGAGGGGAGAAUAGAUGAUUUGUUACGGGCCAACUGUGAUCUCAGGAGACAGAUAGACGAACAACAAAAAUUACUUGAAAAAUACAAAGAACGCUUGAAUAAAUGCAUAACCAUGAGCAAGAAACUACUCAUAGAAAAGAGCAACCAAGAGAAGCAAGCCUGUCGUGAGAAAAGCAUGCAGGAUCGACUCCGUUUGGGCCAUUUCACCACAGUGAGACAUGGAGCAUCAUUCACUGAGCAGUGGACAGAUGGCUAUGCCUUCCAGAACCUCGUCAAACAGCAGGAAUCGAUCAACCAACAAAGGGAGGACAUCGAGAGGCAAAGAAAACUACUAGCCAAGAGGAAACCACCGUCAACCAACAACUCACAAGCACCUUCCACAAACUCUGAGCCAAAGCAACGCAAAACCAAGGCAGUAAAUGGAGCGGAAAGUGAUCCUUUCUUGAAACCCAGCCUACCACAGCUGCUAACGCUAGCUGAGUACCACGAACAGGAGGAGAUCUUCAAACUACGGCUUGGACAUCUCAAGAAGGAAGAAGCUGAGAUCCAGGCGGAGCUGGAGCGCCUGGAGAGAGUGCGCAACCUUCACAUUCGGGAACUGAAGAGAAUAAAUAAUGAAGAUAGCUCACAAUUUAAAGAUCACCCUACGUUGAAUGAACGAUAUCUGCUUUUGCACCUUCUCGGGAGAGGGGGAUUUAGUGAAGUUUAUAAGGCUUUUGACCUAAUUGAGCAAAGAUAUGCCGCUGUAAAAAUCCACCAACUCAACAAAAACUGGAGGGAUGAGAAAAAGGAAAAUUACCACAAGCAUGCGUGUCGAGAGUACAGAAUACACAAGGAGCUGGACCAUCCCAGAAUCGUGAAACUUUAUGACUACUUCUCACUGGACACAGACACGUUUUGCACUGUUAUGGAGUACUGCGAUGGCAACGACUUAGAUUUCUACUUGAAACAGCACAAGCUCAUGUCGGAGAAGGAGGCUCGGUCAAUAGUCAUGCAGAUAGUGAACGCAUUAAAGUACCUAAAUGACAUCAAACCCCCUAUCAUCCACUAUGACCUUAAACCAGGUAACAUCUUGUUGGUGGACGGGACCGCCUGUGGGGAAAUCAAAAUUACUGACUUUGGUUUGUCCAAAAUCAUGGACGAUGACAACUACGGUGUUGACGGGAUGGACCUGACGUCGCAGGGCGCGGGGACAUAUUGGUACUUGCCUCCUGAAUGUUUUGUGGUUGGGAAAGAGCCUCCAAAGAUAUCCAACAAGGUGGAUGUGUGGUCUGUUGGUGUCAUCUUUUUCCAGUGUCUGUAUGGAAGGAAGCCAUUUGGUCACAAUCAGUCACAACAGGACAUUCUUCAGGAAAACACCAUCCUCAAAGCUACCGACGUCCAGUUCCCCGUGAAGCCUGUUUCCAGUAAUGAAGCUAAGGCCUUUAUAAGGCGCUGCCUGGCGUACAGGAAGGAGGACCGGAUUGGCGUUCAGCAGAUGGGAAGUGACCCCUACCUGCUCCCUCACAUACGAAGGUCUAGCUCCUCUGGGAAUCUUCAGAUGAAUGCAGCUGGCUCAGGACCAGCCUCCUCCAGCAUCAUCUCAUACUGACAGCCCAAUACUGUGACACAGCCUGACUAAGCGCACGAUGAGCCUCCCCGAGGCCGACGGGCAGCGAGCAGCUGGAGGGAGUGCGGUGACCACAUCCCUGCCUGGUCUCCUCUGACUUAGUCUAUGGAUAGAGGGUAAUGGAAUGUUGUUUUCUUGACUUAAUAAAUGACAUGGUCAAGUCAGCCGCUUUGAGGAGAUGACAAAUGCACUGAAAAAGACUCCGUACCUUGAAGAAAAUGUGAGUGGACACUGAUCAAACGUUGCAGAUGGAGAGAGGCCUGAGAGGAGACUGGACACCCUGCUGGUAAUUAUUGUUUAAAUAUCACAUUUGAGCUACUCAAAGUGAAUCCUUGAAGAACAGUCACCGAGUAGAAUUGUGGGGGGGAGACAUUUUUAAAAAAUCACUGUUGAUUUGGUUCUCUUUUGUUCCCAUACAUGUUAGGCUUUAGAGUUUGUUUGCCAUGAGAAUGUAAUGUGUAGCAUACAAGAGGCAUCUAGUGUCAUGUAGGCCGAGGAAGCGUUCUGUACUUCCGUUUCAUGCACAAAGUAACCAAAUGUAGAAUUGUGGCAUAAAAUCCUAUGCAGGAAUAUUAAUACAGAUAACUUGGAGAAGUAUAUUCUGUACAGUUUGUCUUUGACUUUCGAAAUGCAGCAGUAACAUGUACAAAACGUUACAAUGUCCACUUGGUUAAAAAAGAAAAAAAAAAAAGCCUUUUUGGUGGAUUCAUUUUGCUGCUUUUUUUGCUCUUAUUUUUUUCAAGGGCUGUAUAUUUCACUUCGGGUACAAAUUGUAUAGUUCCACUAAGAGUGAAUAAAUGACAGGAAUUGUCCCCUUCCCCCAAGUGAA